AAAAUGAAAAAUGAAAGUUUGUUAUUGUUUUUUUCAUAUCCAUUGGUUUUAAGUUUUUAAUUUUCUUGGUUUUAUUUAUAAACGAGCAAUUAUUUUACCGUUGCUACAUAAUUAUUACCUUAUUAGAUAAUCAGUACGGCAAUUAUAACCACUAUAUCCACGAAAUUAGUAUGUGUACUGAAUGAACUGCUAGUUUAAACAUUAAAUUAUGACUGCCGAUUCAGAAAAUACUUAUUGCUUUAAAGCGGAAAAUAAGUUUAUAGUAAAAAGUGGAUGUAAGAAACGAAUGUGGAGAUCAUUGAAGCAAAUUUUAACAGCAGAACGAGCACUCCCAUGGCCUAACGAAGCGGUAUUAUAUUACUCAAUAAAUGCUCCACCAACAUUCAAACCAACUAAGAAGUACUCCGAUAUAUCAGGUUUACCAGCGCCAUAUAUAGACAGACACUCCAAACUUCAUUACAAUAAUGCUGAAGAAUUUGCUACAGUAAGAAGUUUGCCAAUGGAUAUAACUGCUGGGUAUCUCCAAUUAAGAGGUGCAAACACUAUUGUGGGUUGAAAAUGAACUAUUAUUGACUUUUACUUAGGUUCUCAUAGCAAAGUAUAGCAACAACCUAUAUUAUACAUAUACAUGUUGUUUGUUAAUCACAAAUACAAAAGAGUGAUAGAAAUAAGCUACCUGUUUACUUAUUAUGUCUAUUGAAUAAAUAAGUAUUAUUAUUAUGAAGAAAUAUCACUCCCUAUCUCUUAAUAUAAGAUUUCCUUAAAUUUGUUUAAGUUAUGAACAAUAGUUUCAUGUGUACCAACUAACAGCUUAUCUGAGUCUAACAAAAUAUAUUUUACUGUGUGUAAUGAAAUAAUAUAAUAGUAAUAAAAUAUUGAAUGUACAGACAUUUACAAUUUUAUU